AUGGCUGUUAAAAAUUUGUCAUAUGAGUGCGUCGAUGCUUGGAAAAGUAAAAUACAAAAAGAGACUGUUCGAAUUUCCUGGAUUGGUAAUUACUAUGACGAUGAAGUAUACGACGACACAGAAUUAAGUGCCGAAACAGUGGAUAUUUUGGUGAAUAAAUGCGCCAAUGUAUUUAAAGAGUUUCAGUUGAAGGAUAAGCCAAUAAUACUGUACCUGCCCAACGUUUUACAACUUCCUAUUACUAUAUUGGCUGCACUUCGAAUAGGAUUAACUUUUUUGCCCAUUACUGCCACAAACGAAAGUAUCGACUGCUUACGUGAUAUAGUGAAAAACAGCGGUGCUGACACAGUGGUGACAAUUGAUGGUUUCUGGAUGGGCACCCGACUGAUCAGGACUAAAGAACUUCUGGAUGCAGCAAUCAUCGAUAUUGCAAUACAACGUGUAAUUGUCAUACGACAUGUAAGUCCAGACGAAGGAAUACCGCCGCCACAAAUGAAUUUGACCGGUAGACGACCUUGCUACAUGUACAAGGUUGUAAUGAAACAAAAAAGAGAUUCGUGGUGGAGCGGAUUCUUCCAGAAAGCAUCCAGUUUUUGCAAGCCAGAAGCAGUUCCCAACGAUUCUACCACACUACUCAUGCCAACCAGAAGUGCUUCUUCCACUGUAUUGUUACUACCCAUUUCGUUGGAAAUACUUCAAAUGGAAAUCAGUCGCGUUCAAACCGCUAUACAUCCCGAUGAACCAAACCUCAUUAUCAGCACAAAAAAUAUUUUCCACCAGAUUACCUGUAUUUUGGCAGCACUGAAAGUGGGCGCCAUGCCUCUUAUCUAUGAAAGCGACAUUAUGCACCCUGACCCGUCGAGAAUCUCACAAAUCAUAUAUACUUACAAGGUAGCAAAAUUGUUAAUUGCGGAAGAAGAUAUGAAUCUUUUGAUGGAAUACAAACAGUAUAUAACCUUAUGGGACUUGAAAACCCUCAAAGAAAUCCUGAUUCUUGGAAGCCACAAACUAUGCGAGCAAGCGAAAAAGAUUUUCGGUGUACUUUGCAAAAAUAUUGAACCAACACCGAUCAAAAUGGCAUAUCCACACAAAAAUUACUAA